UUGACGCACGCCCAGCGCUCUCAGAAUUCACCCCAAUUUGCCUUCCCAGAGGUAGAGUAGAUUGCAGACGGAGAUAAAAGACCGCCCCCUGUGACAUUUUUGACCUUCGGAACGAUUCUGUGGGCGAGGCGUAGCAUAUUCUCCUCCGCACUCAAACUCGCCAAAGUGCAUAACGCAAAAAUUCUCCACGAGUUCGAUAGCCAUGGCCAGCGUCCAUGACGGUCCAGCGUCCCUCACGACGACAAACGCCGCUGCAGCAUUGACCGAAAAGCCCUCACAGCCCAAACAAGCGAAAGUGAAAAUACCGCCAUGGCAGAACGCUCUAUGUGGUGCAACGGCCGGCGUCGUCUCCCGCUUCGUCAUUGCGCCGCUGGAUGUCAUAAAAAUUCGUUUCCAGCUGCAGACUGGCGCUCUGACGCCUUUGAAAGAAAUAGCGAAGAACACACUAUCGCACAUCCCUUCGGCACGGACUGCUAUUGUUGAGUCCAUACAUGCAGGUGGAGCUCCAUCAACAGCGACGGCAGCGGCCUCCGCGCCAAUGUCCUCAACAACAACACAAGCAACUACUACAACUGAAGCUCCGAAAAAGUACCGCGGAGUCGUGCAGUCCUUCAGCCGAAUCGUCCGGGAAGAAGGCUACCGUGGCCUCUGGAAGGGCAAUCUCUCGGCAGAGUACCUCUACCUUACAUACGGAGCAGUCCAGUUCUACACCUACAACCGAGCCGUCACUUUCAUCAACGAACACAAAGCGAAAUCCGCCCAACAACGACACGAUUCAGGUCUCCCCGCGCAAUUAUCUAGCCUGCUACAGCAUUUACCUGCGGAGAUGGUCGCGGGUGCGUUGGCGGGAUGCGCCGCGACGGUGUCGACAUACCCGUUUGAUCUGUUGAGGACGCGGUUUGCGGUCCAGGGCGCCGAGGGUGGACCGUAUACCGGGUUGAUGCAGGCGGUGGGACAGAUAGCGAGGACGGAGGGGAUACGGGGGUUCUAUCGGGGCGUGUGGCCGAGUGUGAUGCAGAUGAUGCCCCAGAUGGGGAUUGUGUUUGCGUCUUACAGGAUAUUGAAUGAUGCUGUCGAUGGAACGAGGCUAAAGGGGACAGGGCUGGAAAGUUUCUUGACAGGUGGUUUGGCGGGUAUGAUUGGGAAAUCCGCGGUCAUGCCUUUCGACGUAGUGAGGAAACGCCUCCAAAUCCAAGGCCCAACGCGGACCUCCUACGUGGUCGGCAGCGUACCAGCAUACCCCCGGUCCUUCAUCCGGUGCGGUCUCGCCAUCGCUCGAAGCGAAGGCGUGCGCGCGCUGUACAAAGGGAUCGUUCCCGCGGUGCUGAAGGCUGGGCCAUCGGCUGCCGUGACGUUCAUGGUUGUGGGGGCGUGUGAGCGGGCGUGCGCGAGGCAGAACGAACGGGGUUUGACGGAUCUGGUGUGAUCGAGACGGCGCGGAUUACUGGUUUUGGGUGGUCGAUUGGAGGACAUGAUAGUAGCCCAGAGAAGAGUCUUCUUCUACUUUGAGUAGCUUACGCUAGACAUAUAUAGCAGCAGCGGGAUCAAUAUGUAUUUUUGGGACCUGAGGAUUAGAAAUAUCGACAAUAGAAUACAUUAA